UCCGGCCCCUCCCCGCGCGCCGCCCCGCCGCCCGGCCCGCCGGCCCCUUCCUUCCUCCCCGGCGGCCCGCGCGGCGGACGAGGGGUCAGCGCGGAGGGAGUGGGUGCGGCGGCGCGCUCCGCACUCGCCGGCCGAGCUCCAUGGACGCGCCCUGCGCCUCGGCGGCCAAGCCCCCCACCGGGAGGAAGAUGAAGGCUCGCGCCCCGCCUCCCCCGGGGAAGGCCGCCACCCCGACCGGGCAGAGGGCGCCGAGCCCCCAGCGCAGCGCGUCCCCCGGGCGCCAGCAGAACCUGCUGCACAUGAAGGAGAACCUGCGGGAGCGGGCGCUGGACCUCACGGUGGUGCUGCCCAGCGGGCUGGAGCGGAGGAGCGUGGUCAGCGGGAGCCACGCGAUGAUGGACCUCCUGGUGGAGCUCUGCCUGCAGAACCACCUGAACCCGUCCCACCACGCCCUGGAGGUCUGGCCUCCGGAAGCCCAGCAGCCUCUGAGCUUCAAGCCAAACACGCUGGUCGGGACCCUGAACGUGCACACCGUGUUCCUGAAAGAGAAGGUUCCCGACGAGAAGGCCAAGCCUGGCCCCCCCAAGGUGCCCGAGAAGUCCGUGCGCCUGGUGGUGAACUACCUGCGGACACAGAAGGCCGUGGUGCGCGUGAGCCCCGAGGUGCCCCUGCACAGCCUCCUGCCCGUCAUCUGCGCCAAGUGCGACGUGAGCCCCGAGCACGUGGUGCUGCUCAGGGACAACGUGGCGGGCGAGGAGCUGGAGCUGUCCAAGUCGCUCAGCGAGCUGGGCAUCAAGGAGCUCUACGCCUGGGACAACCAGAGAGAAACCUUCAGAAAGUCCUCCUUUGGCAGCGAUGAGACGGAGAAGGAGAAGAAGAAGUUCCUUGGGUUCUUCAAAGUGAACAAAAGAAGCAACGGCAAGGUGGAGCAGGGCCGGCUGUCGGCGGACAGCGACGAGGACACCGCGAAGCUGGCGCCGGGCAGGGCCUCCCACGGCUCUCUGACGACGCCAAACUCCCCGUCCGUGAACUCCCGCUCCAUCACGCUGGGCCCCGCGCUCUCGCUGAGCAGCAUCUCGGGGGUGUCCGUCAAGUCCGACAUGAAGAAGCGCCGGGCCCCGCCGCCUCCGUCCCUGCCCGGGGCGGGGCCGCCCGCGCCAGACAAGGCAUCGGAGAAGAUGUCCCUGGGCUCCCAGAUGGACCUGCAGAGGAAGAAGAGGCGCGCGCCGGCGCCCCCGCCGCCCAGCCCCCUGGUGCCCCUGCGCACGGAGGACCGCGAGGAGAACAGGAAGAGCGCGAUGGGUGGUGGACGGCAGGUGCCACAAAAGCCUCCGAGAGGCACGGCUCGGGGGCCUCCCCAGUUAGUGCUGCCCCCGCCCCCGCCCUACCCUCCUCCCGACACGGACGUGGCCGAGCCCCUCGGCUCCCCCGGGGAAGGCGCUGCUCCCGAGGCCGCGGACCCGCGACCCACACUGAGCCUGCCCCUGGGGCCCGGCGGCUCCUGCGCAGACGGGGUCCCUGCGGUGCCCGCGGAGGCCGAGGAGACCGUGUCCGUGAGCAGCUGUUUCGCAUCCGAGGACACGACGGAGGACUCGGGGGUGAUGAGCUCACCCUCGGACAUCGUCUCCCUGGACUCCCAGCACGACAGCACCAAGUCCCGGGACAAGUGGGCCACCGACCAGGAGGACAGCAGCGACCAGGACCUGGCGGGGACCCCGGAGCUGGGUCCGCCCAAGAGCCCCGCGUGGGAGAGAAGCGGCCUUGGGCACUGGCAUUCCAGGGCGGAGAGGGCCGCGGCAGCCCCCGGGGAGGACGGGGGCCUGCUCAUCGCCGGGCAGUGGGAGCAGACCCUGGCGGGCCUGGACGAGGACCUGGAAGGGAUGGACGACAGUUAUGAGACCGACAGCAGCUCCGUCACCGGCUCCCUCAGCAGUGCAUCUGGUCGCCGCCUGCAGGGUGCCAUCCCCGAGGGCGACACCGACGCCAUCCCCGUGACCUUCAUCGGGGAGGUCCUGGAUGACCCUGUGGAGCCGGGGCUGUUUUCCAACAGAAACAACAACGCCGGGUCUUUCGACCGGGGGAGCGGGGCCAGCAGGUGGGCCCGCCCGCCGCCCGCCCAGGUGGAGGCCCCGCCGCCGGGAAGGAGGGGGCCAGAGGGGCCCAGUGUACCCGCCGCCCCCCAGGACGUCGGGAAGGAGGUCCAGGGGGCCUCGUCCGCCCCCCGUGAAGAUGUGAACCCCGUGAACACGGAGCCUCCCAGGCAGGACCGGAGCGCCAAGGAGCCGGGGCAGGGGCGCGGCGCCGGUCCCAGCGGGCGGACGCCGGCCACCGAGCCCGCAGACUGUCGGCCGGGGACGGCGAGGGAAGCCGACGACCGGAAGGGCGUCUCGGCACCUUUGUCCUGGUAUCAGCGAGGCCAGAACCCAGGCGGGAGUUUCGGCCUGAAGUACGGCCUCACCACGUACAAGAUCGUCCCCCCGAAGUCGGAGAGGCGGUGCUACGACCCCGGGGUGUCGCUCUCCACGGGCGCCAUCAAGAUCGACGAGCUGGGCAACCUGGUGAGUCCCCCCGGGACCGGGGGCAGGAGCGUGGCCCCGGCCUCCUCUGCGCUCGAGAAAGAAACCCAGCCCCUUGGGCACGUCCGGGAGUUCCCCAGGGCCGGCUCCACGGAGCAGCUCUCGGGCCGGCCCCCCGCCACGCCAGCCACGUCUCAGCAUCCAGCAGGCGGCCUCGGGGCCGAGCCAGGCCCCCCGCGCCCUGCAGGGCCGUCGCCCCAGCCGCCGGCUGCCCACCAAGGAGAGGGGCGCUGUCCCGAGCCCGGGGCCCACCCGCCGCCUCCGGCAGCCACUGGUCACACGAAGGCCCCGGCAGCCAGCACCUCCCAGGUCCUGUUCCUCAAGCCUCAGAGGAGGACGUCCAGUCAGUACGUGGCCUCCGCCAUCGCCAAGCGCAUGGGGCCCCCCAGAGCCCAGGCCGCCGCGGGGAGGCCGGGCGGAGCCGGGAAGCCCUGGGAGGGAGCGGCACCCGAGCUUCGUGGACAGCCUCGCGCCGGGAGAGACGCCACGGCCCCCGGUCCGCGCCCGGGGCCACACGCGUGUCCAGAGGAGGCCGCGGCCCCUGGCGGUCGCCUUCCCCCAGCCCACGGGGAGGAACCAGCAGAACCCGCGGCAGGAGCCCUGCCCCGGGGCCGGGGGCGCAGCCCUCCCGGGAGGCCGUCUGCUCAGAAUGGUGCUGUCGACGCCCACGGUGGGCCCUCCAUCCCCCUUGCCACCGCUGCCCGGAGGGACCGUGAGUCCGUGGGACCAGGCCGUGGUUCGGGUGCAAAGCAGAGCCCGAGUGACCACAGCACCGGCUCAGCCUGGGACCCCAACGGCUCGCCGGACGGCCCCAGGAGCCCGCCGCCCUGCCUGGUGAAUGGCUCCCGGUGGGCCCCCGAGCACGGCGAGCCCCCCGCCUCCCUGAGGGCCUCCAGCAGGGACAGCCACGCCGUCCCCGAGCUGGAGGGGAGGUCCGGGGUGCUGUGCACAGAGAUUCGCGAGGCCGACGAGUCGCCGCCCCCCAGCAUCUUCGGGCCAAAGAAGAAGUUCCGCCCCGUGGUCCAGAGGCCAGCGCCCAAGGACACCUCCCUGCACAGUGCCCUGAUGGAGGCCAUCCACUCGGCAGGUGGCAGGGACAGGCUGCGGAAGACGCCGGAGCCCAGCGCAGAGGGAGGGCCCAAGAAGCUAAGCUACGUGGAGCUGGAGAGCGAGCACUCGGCCCUGCUGGCGGCCAUCCGGGGGCACCGCGGCGCCUGCAGCCUGCGCAAGGUGGCGUCCUGUGCCUCUGAGGAGCUCCGGAGCUUCCGUGAGGCUGCGAGGUCCGCGCACGGGCCAGAACCAUCGGGCCUGGGAGACCCUGGCAGCCAGCCCCCACCCGCCCUGCCUCCCCCGCCCCCUCCGGCAGCCCCAGCUCCUCCUCCCGCCUCCAGGACAGCACCCAGGGCCAGCGCCAACGCCCUCGGCACCCCGGUGGACGCCAGGCAAGCCUUGAUGGACGCCAUCCGCUCGGGCACAGGGGCGGCCAGGCUGAGGAAGGUGAUGCGGGCUGCGUGCCCUUGCUCGUGUGAACCGGCAGUGAGCCCGGACCGGGGCAGAAACCCAGCUGCCAGACGCCCCUGUCGCCGCUCAGGCCGCCACGAGCGAGGGGCCCCGGGACGUGCUGUGCUGCCCGCCUGCCGGCCGAGCCCGCAUCACUGCCCCGGGCCCUGCGCGUGGCUCCCAGGGAGGACGCCGCCCGCCUGGUGCCUGUGCCAAGGACGUACUGUUUGCCUCUGAGUAGUUCUCGUUGCCAAUAAACGCUUCCCGUUGGCAGGUUGCUGGGAGCCCACAGGGCACUUACUUAGAACACCGACGGGCACUGGGAACAGAUCACACGGAGGCCGCUGAGGCCUUCACCGCACACGUCAGCGGCCAAGCCGUCCAGUGGUUUCAAACCUCCCGCACCCUGAGUGCCCCGAGCUGCCUGGUGCUCCGUGUUUGGGCGGAACGAGGAGGAGGAGGCGUGGGAAGGCCGCCUCCCGGGGGACUCUGGGGAGUGUGGAAGCGGUCGUGUCUGAGGCCUCCGCCAUCGGGGGUGCAAACCUCAUGGAGGGUGGCCGGCCGCUGAGGUCGUAAAGACGGAGGUGCCUGGAGAGCCUUGUACGGAGCUGAGAUGGCGGCUCUAAGUCCUGCGAAGGUGGAGGGGGGCCGAGACGGCACGACGUCUGCGUGCACGUGGGUGCCCUCGGCAGCUGGCCCCACGGGCUGUGACGUAGCCGGGACCUCCCCUGGGAGGCCGAGCACGGAGCCCGGCGACCUCCCCGGACCUGGAGACCUGCACGGGGCCAGGAGCGGGUGCUGCGUGUUGCCAAGAUGGCCUCCGAUCGGCUAAUACUUGGUGACGACAGAGCGGUCUGUCCCUUGCCCAGCAGAUCCCGUCUCCCUGCACCACACGCAGCCCCCUCGCAGGGCGGCCGGGGCCCCGGUGUUUAUAACGGUGUGCAACCACAGCGGGCGUCUUUCACGUGUACCCCCAUAUACUGUUGUCGCGAGGAAAGCAGCUCUGUGAGGGGCAGACGGGGAGAGUGGGUGGCGCGAAGCUGCGUGUGUGGUGAGACGCCCUGAGAGUCGCGGGACCGGCUCCGCGUCGUCUGACUGGCUUCCCUCACCUUCCCCGGGCGGCGAGAGCGUCCAGCCAACGGCUCCUAAACCGCACUGUCCCCAAAAUGUGUCUCUGGUGCCACAAAUAAAAGCUCCUGAAAUCGUA